CCGGUCACGUGAUCCCUGAGUCCGGUUCUGUGCCCACACACCGUUUCAAAAACGUUAAUCCGUCUCUGUGUCUGUGAAUUAACACUUUUUCCGUCACUUCAACACUAAAAACCAGCGAAAAAUUGAAAUUUGCUCGAAAAAUGUCGGUUAGAGCCGUCCAUAUUCGUGCAUUUCCGGUGUGAAACACGACGUAUAUAUCACCGCGCGCUUGAUUUCCACAAACAUUUUCCGAGGAUGGGACGAUGCCGACCCUUCCGUGUUUAUCAAUCGUUGUCGUCCUCUAGUGUCCGUUAACUCGAUCGGGGCCCAUGGAAGCCAAGCCUCCGAAGAUGUCUCGUCUGUUCCAGACCUCGUCCGUCGAAACGAAAGACGAAUUAGAGGAGAAACUCGAACGCAGCUACCACUUCGUGGCGGGCCUCACGGCGGGGCUCAGCGACAAGGACGCCUACGACGCCAUCACCAAGGCGUUGCUCAAAGACAAGGGCUACGAGGAGGUGUCGCUGGGGCUGCUGGUGACCAUCCUCACCGAGCCCCACAACGCCGCGAGGGGCUACCGGGACUUGACCCUCAUCUCCAACGACGGCUUCGGACUGGUGCUCAACAGUCUCUCGCAGCUGGUGCUGGAGCGCUACUUGCGCUUCACCGACGUAGUGAAGGCCCAGCUGGUGUGGCUCCUCCGGGAGAUGAUCAAGAAUGCCGUGAACAACGUGGACAACCUCUGCUGGAAUCUGAUGAGGCAUGCGGCGGGGGGCGACGUCUCCGCCAAGAACAUCGCCCUCAUCGAGAGCCUCCUCGACGUGCUGGUGGAGUACCGCAGCUGGCUGGAUAAGUUCCCUCUGCUGAUACCCUCAGUCGUCUACACGUAUCUGCGACUGGUGGAGGACCACAAUGCGCCUUAUUUAGCCCCAUUAAGACAGAAAGAAGUUAAUUUUUUAAUUAGUUUGAUUAGGGACCGGUUCAAUGACUGUAUCGGGAUCGGGCGUGACCUAGUGAGACUCUUGCAAAACGUUGCGAGGAUCCCCGAGUUUGAACAACUGUGGAAGGACAUUUUGACAGCCCCCAGGACGCUCAGUCCUACUUUUACGGGGGUUUUGCAACUGUUGCAAGCGAGGACGUCGAGGAGGUAUCUACAGUCGAGGCUCACGCCGGAUAUGGAGAGAAAACUCGUGUUUUUUACAUCGCAGGUCCGUUUCGGCAACCACAAACGUUACCAGGACUGGUUCCAACGCCAAUACCUCGCCACCCCGGAAUCGCAAAGCCUUCGUUGCGAUAUAAUCCGUUUUAUCGUCGGCGUCAUCCACCCCACCAAUGAACUCCUCUGUUCUGAUAUAAUUCCACGUUGGGCCGUCAUCGGUUGGCUCCUCACCACAUGCACCUCAUCCGUUGCCGUUUCAAAUGCCAAACUCGCCCUCUUCUACGAUUGGCUAUUCUUCGAUAGCGAAAAAGACAACAUCAUGAACAUCGAACCAGCAAUUUUAGUCAUGCAUCAUUCAAUGCGUUCCCAUCCAGCAGUCAGUGCAACACUACUAGAUUUCCUAUGUCGAAUCAUACCAAAUUUCCAUCAACCGUUAACGGAAAAAGUUCGAAAUGGAAUUUUCUCAUCGCUGAGGAAGAUUUUAGAGAAACGAGUCGUACCAUCAUUGGUACCAUUAUUCGAUAAUGCGAAACUUGAUCCCGAAUUGAGGAAUAUGGUACGGGAAACGUUCAAGGAGUUUUGUACGACGGUACCAGAGAGUUCUGGAGUCGGAGAUGGUGAUCAUCGAAUCAACAACACUGUCAAUAAUCAUGUUUUGGACAAUGAACCGGCGUUUAGUGAUGAUGAGGAAGAGCAAACUUUGACGAUUUGUGCUCUUGAUGAUGACAGUGAUGAUGAUGAUGAUGACAUUCCAUUGUCGAAAGUUAGGUUAAAGGAGAAGAUUUUGGAUAAGUUGGAUGACAGUAUUGAUGGACCAUUGGGGGAGAUUUUGACAAAAUUACAAUUGGAAAAAGAUGAGGAGAGUCGUUGUGGUCACAUGGAGGCGUUUUUACAAACCUUGAUGGGGUUUGAAGGUGAUGAAGAUGACAACCUCCCAAUCAUUGCAAAGACUUUAUCAAAUAUAAUACAAGAUGAUCACAAGAGUAGUGACCUCAGUCCGGAACAAAUGACCGACGAUAAGUUACUUGAAAGUAUCAAAAUGCCACUUUUUGUCCUCUUCCAAACUUUGUACAAUUUCACGAAACAAGACGAAGAGGGAAAGGAAAUCCUCUUACGGUUAUUAACCGAAAUGCGCACUUGUUUUCCAAGUGUCGGUUAUUUGUUAUUGUAUUUUCUUAAAGUUCAAAUACGGACAGAAAACAAACGUGAAGAUCAGACAAAAGCAAGUGCACUAAAAGUGAGUGUAUAUAAAGAGUAUUGUCAAUCGUGUGAUAAAAAAAUCGACGUUUGUUUACUCGACGAUUUGGUGGCAUGCCAUAUCAGUGAUACCAAAUUAAUGAUGUGGAUAGUGCCUGAUUUAUUUAGGGAUUUCAAACAACAAACUGUUAAUAACGCUCAAAUAAUACGUGUGAUAAUAUCAGCUAUAGAUUCGCGACAAUUGCAAACUCUAGUCGGGAAAGUUCUUCAAGGACAUCUCGUCAUGUUUAAAAGUGAAAAUUUAGUACCGUUGCUUAAAAUCACGCUAACGUGGGAAAGUAUCGAGCAAUUUUUUUUCUGGCAAUUAAUACACGCCCAUGAUAUAAGUAUUGAUACAGUGUUGCCGCUUAUCACCCAAUUAGAUUAUGAAUUACAUUCCGAGGCCCUCACCUCGGUCAUGCUUAUGUUGAAACAGGAGCGUCCCAAUGCUGACUAUAUUAAGUAUUUGUUUUCACGUGAACUUUCUCCCCACGGUGAUUUAUUCAUUUUUACUAUUAUCAAAUACUGGUGUGAUGAGUAUAUUGAUAAGGUAGCUGAGCUAAUUUCGUCACUUUUGAGUACGCGUUAUCCGUCAACGUCGCCCAAUAAACGGAAACGUAGUGGAAAGACGAUGAGUGCGAGUGUACCGAGUGCUGAACAAGUUUUGGGUCAUUUGGAGCAAUUACGUGUGAUUUGUGAACGUCAUGAUUGUAUGGCGAUUUAUACACUUGAUUCGAUGCAGAGGGCGUUGAAUAUUGCAUUGAAUAAUUGUACAGAGGGACAGAAGAAGCAGUUUGGACAGUUAUUUGCAUUGUUGGAGGAGGAGGAGGAGGUGAGUGCGACGAAGAGUCGAUCGCAGGGGAGAGGAAGGAAGCCGGUGAAUAAGAGUGUUGUGGCAACGAAGAGGACGGCUGUUAGGGAGAUUUGUGAUUCGACGGAGGAGAGUAGCGAGGAGGAGGAAAUCGUGAAGCCAAAGCAGCCUAAGAAACGUAAAAAAGUAAUGUCCGACAGUGAUUGACGGAACCAAGUCGUAGCAGUGGAUUCGUCGUGUGUGAAGCACAUCGGAAUUAAGGAACGUCAUAUCAGAUGCAAGCUUGUGAUCAUUAGCAUUAUUCAGAGACACGUACUAUGGUGAAGAGGAAAGGAAAUCAUCAUAAAAACAAUAAAAAAAUGAACGGAGGAUUAAAUAAGAGUGAAUACACUGCCUGUAGACAAGAUUCAAAGACAAAUAUCCAUGUCUUGAUAUGAAAUAAACAAAAAAAAAAACAAUUGUUGAGUACCUUAAGAAACGUUGUUAAUUAUUGUAUUAUUUUUACAUGUUUAUCACACAAAUAACCCUCUCAUGAUUGUGUAUUCUUCUCCUGUAAAUUGUUACUGUUAGGUUUAUACCCUCCUCUGUUAUUUUUGCUAUUCAAGGGUCUAUUAUCUUAGAAGAAAACAAGUUUUUAAACGAAAUGUAAAUUGAUAGUGUUUUAUUACAAGCGAGAUGUAUAAAUUUGUAAAUAUAUUUAUAAA